AUGAUUCUUGUGGAGUUUGCUAUAUUGUUCUCAUCUGGUUUUCAAGAAAAUCUUGAGGAGCUCAACCUUUCGUCAAAUCUUUUGGAGUCGCUGCCCGAUUCCAUUGGGUUUCUGUUUAAGCUGAAAAUCUUGGAUGUCUCUCGAAACAAGCUGACUACCCUACCCGACAGUAUUUCCCAAUGCAGGUUACUGGUUGAGCUGGACGCGAGUUUCAACAAGCUCACAUACCUCCCAACAAACAUUGGGUAUGAAAUGAAAAACCUCAAACGUCUAUCAAUCAGCCUUAACAAGAUCCGCUCACUUCCCACAUCAAUUGGCAAAAUGAAAUCCUUGUGCAUUUUGGACGCCCAUUUUAACGAGCUCCAUGGCCUUCCGAACUCGAUCGGUAAACUGAACAAUCUCGAGAUUCUCAAUCUCAGCAGCAACUUCAAUGACCUGACUAAGCUUCCUGACACAAUCACCGACCUCAUAAAUCUCAAAGAACUUGAUUUGAGCAACAAUCAGAUACACACUCUGCCCGAUACUUUUGGUCAGCUCUCGAGUUUGACCAAGCUCAAUGUCGAUCAGAACCCUCUUGUGGUGCCUCCAAAGGAGAUCGUGGCUCAAGGGGUUGAAGCUAUUAAGGCUUACAUGGCGAAAAGAUGGGUUGAUAUACUAAGGGAGGAAGAUGAGAAGAAGAAGCAAGUUUUGCAGGAUGAGGCAGAAGCUGGUUUGUUGACCCGAAGCACUUCUCGUCUGAAAUAUUACGUUGCAAAUAUUAGUGGGACCAUCUCGGAAUACUUGGGAGGUGGAGGUGAAUCAGGUGGUGAUUUUUAUCUGAAUCAGCAGCUAUAA